AUGGAAGAAUCAAAUCACUCUGAAAGGAAGAGGUCAUCAAGAAGGAACCGAUCCAGGGGAUCCAGACGAUCAAGGACGCCAGAUGACGACGAUGCCUUGUCGAGACCCUCAGGGCAUAGCCAAUCUAGCGGUAGACGUCGUCGUCGCCAUAAAUCUCGCAGCAGUGAACGCAGCUUGACUAGCGCUGAUACAGAUACUCCCCUCGAAGCUGAAACCAUUGCGGCCGAAGUUGUUGAAGCUCCUCCCGCUAUGCCACCAGCGAAAGACGAGGAACAAGCCGUAUUUGGGGGCGUCGUGCAAGUCACUGAAUCGGAUGAACAAACCACAAUCGACGAGAACCACACUGACAAAUUCGCGAGGAAAAAGAGACGACUCAUUUGCUUCUUCAGUCUUCUAAUGAUCGCGGGACUUGCUAUGGCAGUGAUCUAUCGGAUGCGUAAAGUGCGCAUGAAUUCGAGCACGCUUACACCGUAG